AUGGUAUUGAAAAUAUACUUGGCACGACAUGGACAGGACGAAGACAAUGCUGCAGGAAUUCUAAAUGGCCAUCGCAACCAACCAUUGACCAAAUUAGGAGAGGGACAAGCCCAAUCCGUAGCCGCCAAGAUUCUUCAGUCAAAGCUCCAAUUUGACAAGAUUUAUGCGUCCCCUUUGCAGCGAGCAUUUAAAACGGCUGAAAUCUUGGCCAAUGGAAAGCAAUCAGUGCAAGUGAUGGAUCUCUUGAUCGAGCGGGAUUUUGGAGUCAUGGCAGGAGUGCCAACGAAGGAAAUUAAGGAACGAUGCCAAGGCAACAUUUUACAAACCGAGACUAUUUCUUACUUUUUGUCCCCAGAAGGAGCCGAGACUUUUCCAGAAUUGCUAGAGCGUGGGAAUAAAGUGAUUGAAGAUAUUCAAUCGAAACACAAGGGAGGAGGAUCAGUAUUGCUGGUGACGCACGGCGAUUUUGGAAAGAUGUUGUAUGCUGCCUACUACAAGCUAGAUUGGAUGGAUGUUUUGGAGCAAUUUCACUUUGGAAAUUCGGAAGUGUUGUUGCUGGCGGAGGAAUCCUCUCCUGGCGAAGCUCAUGUCUUUCAGAUUCAGCAAUAUAAUUCAUAA